AUGUCAUAUUCAAAAAUAUUUUCAGAUUUACCUGAAUUAACAUAUGAAGUUAUAAAAUAUUUUAGGAAUGAUUUUUCAACUUUAUAUUCAUGUAUUUUAGUUAACAGAUUAUGGUGUCGUUUGGCAAUUCCAUUAUUAUGGGAAAAUCCAUUUUCAACUCCUAAGCAAAAUUUUAACUUUAUUGGAAUUUAUUUACAUAAUUUAAAUGGUGAUUUAAAAGUAAAAUUAAAUGAAUAUAAAGUUGAUGAUAAUUUAUUUCCUUUAAAUACACUUUUUAAUUAUCCCAUUUUUUUAAAAUAUUUGUAUACACAAAAGAUUAUUUCUUCUAUUGAAAGAUGGUCUAAAGAUGUUAUUAGAACCUUAAAAAUUGAAUCCAAUUCAGUAUUUAAAUUUAAGAGAUUAAUUCACAUAUCAUUAUUUAAAAUAUUUAUUGAAAAUGAAGUAAACAUACAUACUAUUAAUAUUCAGUUCAACAAUUAUUAUCUUCAUUAUUAUAUAGAUGAUAUGCUUGAAUUAAUGUUACAAAACCCUGAUUUCUUUCAUAAUAUUAGUAAUUUAAAAUUCCAUUUUAUUGGUCCUUCACUUGACCACACUAAAAAUCGUAUAUCACAAAUAAUCAAUUUACAUCAAAAUCUUAAAAAAAUUACAUUGCUAGGUUAUUUUUGUUUUCCUUUGUAUCAGUUAUCAAGAAAUCAUAAUCAUUCAAAUACUUUAAAUACAAUCAUCUUAUUUAACAUCAGUUUUAUAGGUAUAACCAAUUUAGACAAAGUAUUUGAACAAUUAAAUGUUUUAGAAUCUGUUCAUAUCAUUCAUUGUAUUUUAGAUACUGAUUUUAUUCAACAAAUAGUUAACUUAACUAAACCAUUUAAGUUAAAAUCUAUAUUCUUAAAUAGAGAAUUACAAAUUGAUGAAUCAUUACAAUUAUUAUUACAAAAAUAUGGUGAUUACUUGGAAAAUUUUGGAUUUAGAUAUGAUUUUGUUGAUUUGUUCCCUAAGAAACAACAAUUACUUGAAUUAAUUAUAAAAUAUUGUAAAAAUAUCAAAUUUCUUGAUUUAACAGUAUUUAACAUUAAUAAUUGGAUUAUUUAUCAGUUAUUCAAUUUAACUGAAAAUUCAAAACAAAAUCUUAAUUAUCUUUCUAUUGAUGUCAUUAACAAUUUAUCUUCAAAUAUUAUUGAAUGUAGUUCAACAAUAUUACGAAAUUUAGGUCAAAUACUUCCUCUUAAAUUAGAAUAUUUAAAUUUGGUUCUUAAUAUUAAAUAUAUAGAUGAUUUUGAAAUAUUCUUAAAAAAUUCUCAGAAUACUUUUAUUAAAAAAUUGAUAAUAACAAAUAAGGAAAUUGAUGAUGAUAUUCAUGAUUAUAUUUUAUUCUAUAUAAAAGAAUAUAUCAUGAAAAAGAAAAGAGUCAAAUAUUUGGCUAUUAUUAGUAAUUUCUUCAAAGGUAGCACUGUUAAUAAUGAUUUAUUUUCAUUUAAAGAUGAAGUGAAGGAAUAUGAGUUUUAUAAUAUUAAAAUUCAAAAAUAUGAAGAUUUGGCUAUUGAUAAUAAAUUAAAAUUUAUAAAUUUAUAG